AUGAAGCCGCCAAUGAGAUCUAGCAUAGCUUGUUUGAGAUGCAGGAAAUCCAAAACCAAAUGCGACAACGACAACACUGGAUCACCUUGUGACACAUGCAUCAAGGCAGCACAUAAGUGCGAGUUUCCUGAUUCAACGCCUCUUCCGGCGAAACGAUCAAAGCCGCCGACUGCGCCGAGGCAGGUAAGGGAGAUCGGGCAUGCCCGGAAGCGAGUGAAGAAGCUCGAAGAUGCAACGUCCUCUGAUGGACGUACUAUCGCCGCGCUUGCUCAGGAAGUGCUUUCGGCACCCUAUCUUACCGUCGACUUGUGGCAUCAACUCUUCGACAUAUAUAAGCUGCACUUCGCUACCGAACUCCCGUUUUUGCAUCUCCCAACUCUCAAGGGCAUCAUUCACGACAAAGACAUCAAGAAGCUGUCAAACGAAUCAAAUCUGAUCCUAACGGGUAUUCUGGCUCUUACUGCGAGAUUUCAUCCCGACUUGAUUAGAUAUUUGGCGCAUAUCACACACGAAAAAGUCGCGGAUCCCAACCCUCGCGGUAUUCCACCCAGUUCGGAGCCGUCAAUAGCCUCAGAGUACUUCGCAAACGCUCUGACAAAGGCACUGGGAGAACUCGAAUCAGCCUUGACAUCAGCUACUGUCGUCCGUGUUCAAGCUUUUCUCAUGCUCAGCUUGUACAAAUGGAGUCAGCCGAAUGGCGGCUUGGCUGCAUGGAUGUACGUUGGCGUUGCCAUACAGAUGGCUCAAGGCUUGAAAUUGGGGUUUGAAGACAAGCCUUUGGGCGGCAAGAGAACUCUGGCCUUGUCUCCUCGGUCAAGUAAGUCUGCCCAACUACCCUCCGACUUUUGGAAAGACCAGGAGAUCAGGCGUCGUACCAUGUUCAGUUGCUUGAUACUGGAUUGUCUCCUAUCCUGCGGAUCUGAUCGGGUUUCUAUGGUUCGGUCCGACGAUCUUCAAAUCCAGCUGCCAUGCACUGAACACGCCUUCGACGUAGGCCGCGUUGUCUAUACCGGAUUCUUACGACAGGUGGGACAUGGAAUGGAGCCACCAAUCGAUGACAGUGUCCUGAGUCGAUUCUCGACUUUCUAUCAAUUGAAUAAGAAGGUAGAUGCCUUUUACGCUCACCUUCAGGAAGAGUUCACCUGGUCUAGCUCGAACUUCUGGAAACACGACAACAGCAUGUAUGUGUCACUUCACAUGCUAGGUGCCCUAUGCAAAAUCAUGCUGCAUCGCGAAUACAUCCCGUUCUUCGCCAUCAAAUGUUCCGAGCCGCCCGUCUUUGACCCCGAAGCUGUUCCCGACCACUUCUGGGAGCGCAGCGCAGAGCAGGUUUUCGAGGCUGGAAGGGAAAUCAUCGACCUCAUCUCGACAUGCCGAGACAAGCUUCCUCAUUCGUCACUAGUCAUAUUCGCAAUUUGGCAAGCAGCGUUUGUUGGAACAUACGCACGGCACUAUCCCCACAUGGAUACUCAAAACCACAUGGAGAUCGAAGAACGGAAUUCAGGAGCCAUGUCUGAGAACACGCAGACGGGGAACACCGCAUUGACCAAGGUUGCACCCUACUUCAGCAUGGCCUCCAACUACGACCAUCUCACCAAGGUCUACUCACACUACACAAAUCGAGAUUCGAAAAAGAGCGGGGAUGGUUCGCUUACCAUUCGACUGGGUGGAGGUGGCGGCGGACUGGAAGAGUGGAGGGCAAAGGACGACAAGAUUACGAGCAACUGCAUCAUCAUGGACGACAACCGGCCAACAGCGUACGACGGCUCUGAUGGAUCGCGGGCUAGCACACUGGAAAAGAGCCCUUCCCUUGGACAUGAGUAUUCCCAUUUGGGUGGGAGCGGUUCGGACAGCCGAAGGGAUUCUCGUCAAGCGUCGUCAUUUACCGCCAUCAACGCUCAAGCCAGCCACGAAGGCUCUUCGGGAGGCAGUCCACAUCGCUCACCAACUCAGGACUUCCCGCCAACUCCCAGCUCCCUGCCAAACAAGGCCGCGAUGGCUAAUCUCAAUGCCGAGACAGCCAGUAUCGAUACUUAUGUACAGCAGAACCAGGGUCAGCGAUUCGGCACCAUGCUUGAGGACAUUCAGAAAUUUACGACGGGCGGGAUGGUCUGCGCGCCCAAUAUCGACAUGCUCAAGCCCCUCUUCUAUACGCAGAUGGCCGGUGGCAACCCGUUGCCCCAGUUCAGCGGGAGUUAUUCUUGA